AUGGCGCCGCGCGGGCGCACUCCCCCAACAGCCUGUCCCGACCACCUGGCGUUCCGCCCCCGCCGCAACGCGCAGAGACCCCUCCCCAAGCAGCGGGCCCCAUCCAGAGGCCCUUCCCCCGGCAGCCGGCCCCGCCCCCAGCAGCCCGCCCCAUCGGCAGAGGCCCCGCCCCCAACCGCCCGCCCCACCCAGAGGCCCCGCCCCUACCAGCCCGCCCCUACCCAGAGGCCCCGCCCCCAGCAGCCGGCCCCGCCCCCUGCAGCGUCCCCGCCCCUCCGCGUGAACAUAGCGCCUUCCCGCGCUGUUGGGUGUGAGGACCCCAGUCGCUGGGCCGCCAUUCUGGAGCGCCAUCGAGAGGUCCUACGGGCGCGCGCGGACCCCCGAGUGCGGCUGGAAGCCCUGGGCCGCUGGUAUCGGGAGGAGUUGCCAGCGGCCAUCAGGGGCAGAGUGGAGAACUAUGUGAGGGAGCUGGAGCGGCUGCUGGCCUGGAAGCUGGCGAGGGGCCGCUUCCAGCCACGUCUGCAGCAGCUGGUGACCACCAAUCCCCCUGAGCUGGCUGUGCACUGUUCGACCACCACCUUCUGCCUCCUGCCAGAUGUGGGGGCCAGGGUCACCCAGCUGUCUGCCCUCUGCGGUGUGGACCCACCACAGCCACAGACUCAGGACCAGGAGUCGGAGCCAGAGCUUGUCCUGAUGGGGUGUCUGGCUGCUUCUCGCUGCUCACAGCAGUCCUGGUGGCUGGAGCUCGAGACGGAGGCCUUCAUGUCAGAUGAGGCAGUGGUCACAGUGCCCGGCCUGCCGGCCCCACAGUACACCCUCACGUACUACCUGCUGUACCUGGGCCAGGUUCAAGAGCGGGCCACAGCUCUGAGCCAAGGCCUCCGGGUCUCCCUGGAUGGAGGGAGGCUGAAGAGUCGGCCAGCCACUAUGGGAGCUCAGUAAACACUUCCCAGACUCACGCGUGAUGACACACCCGGCCUGACCGCACACCCGGCCCCCAGCCCUCCCGGGUGCCUCCAGCUCCCACAGACAGCACCCGUGGCCCGCAAACAACUCCCACACCUGACCUCAGGUGCAGAGGUGCACAGGGAGGGAAGUCCGGGCCCUAGUGGUGGGGAGGGCCCUCAUGGUCUGUUCAGCAGGUGUGGGGGUCCUGACAAGUCUCCAAAGCCCCGGACAGCCCCCUGGUGCUGUGUAAAAUAUUUAUUAAUUAUCCAAAAA